AUGAACGGUGCUUUCCGGCGCGUCGCAACACGCGUGCCAACGGCGGCGUUCAAUAGCACCCUCCAUGGCCAGGUGACAUUGCCCGGCGCUACUAGGUGCUUCACCAACGUUCCAUCCUCGAGAAGCUCCGAGGCCGAUGAAAAAGCGAAAUCGUUGAACAAGAAAGCAGCCGACGAGGCCGAGCGCCAGGUUACUGCCAGAGACGACGCGCAGCGCAAAGUCGACGACCGGCCAUGGCAACGCGAAGAAACAGGCGAGCACAGCCAGCCGCCGGCCUCGUCGCCAGACCCUGCAAAGGGCGACGAGUCGAGAGGACGUUUACUGACGACACCCACCCGACUACUCAAGUUGAUCCUGCCGUUGCCAUUCCAUCCUGAUCAAGUCUACAUCAACCCAGAGAAGAAAGCGGAUCAAAAGUAUGGUUCUGAAAAGGUUGAACCUCUGGCACUUCUAGUGCAUCCUCAACAGCCCCUGUCAUAUCUCGAGCGGCUGAUUCAGGCCGAAAUCCCCCCGUUGCAAGUCAAGGGAAACGAGAAGCUGCCAGGCAUUGUCUUCCGCGCAGAAGCCGACCGGGAGGUGAGCGAGGGCAAAAAGGGCGCAGCAGAUAACGUUGCAUCCUACUCUGGAUUGGGUCAUGAGGCCGAGAAAUCGGACGAGGAGAAGAACUGGGUUCGAUGGAGCGGCAGCACAGAGGUCGGUGAUUUCAUCAGGGACGCGGCUCGUGGCCGUGAGUUUGCAAUCGACAUUGAGGGCCAUGAUGGAGAGCUGCGGGUUGCCGUGCCCAGCUUCAAGGACCGCACCUACUACAUGCGCAUGCGCCUGCGGAGGAUGUCGAGGCAGAUCAACUCCAUGGCGGAGCUGAAGAAGGAGUGCGACAUGCUCGCGCACAAGGGCGCGCAUCGGAUUGCGCAAAGCGGCUUUGGCGCUUUGGUGACCUGGUGGGGGGUCGUGUACUAUGUCACGUUUCACACCGAGAUGGGCUGGGAUCUCGUCGAGCCGGUCACCUACCUGGCGGGGCUCACGACCAUCAUGGGUGGUUACCUCUGGUUCCUGUACAUGAGUCGCGACCUCAGCUACAAAGCAGCCAUGAACGUCACCGUCUCGCGGAGACAGAGCGCGCUGUACCAGGAGAGAGGCCUCGACCACGGGAAAUGGGAGCACGCGGUGCAGGAGGCCAACGCCCUUCGCAGGGAGAUCAAGGCCGUGGCAGCAGAGUACGACGCGGAAUGGGACGAGAUGAAGGACCUCGGCGGCGAAGAGGUCAAGGAGGCUCUAGAGCAGGAAAAGGAAGGUAAGGACGAAAAAGACGACAAGCAGGCGAAACAGGAUGCCGCUGACAAGGCGAAGCAAUCAGAGUAG